UAAUAAUGGCAGCUACUUACUACAUGUUAAAGUUACUCAAGAAGAAACGUAUGGCUCGUAAACUUCGUAAUGUAACCAAUGGAAACGUAAUUAAUGCACAAAUCAUUACAGACCACACUUCAGAUGAGACUUUCAGGUGCAGGGUAUGUUUAAAGAAAGGCAGGAUACCAAUAUUUGGCGAUGAAAGUUGUAGAGAUAUUUCCGAAGAUAUAUGUUUAUUUGGAGACAUUAUAAUCAAUAAGGAGGAUAAUCAUCCUCACCACUUGUGUCAUGCUUGUAACGCCUUGCUUGAUGCUGCCAUCAUUUUCCGAAGAACUGCAAAAGAAAGUGAAACAUUGCUUAUGAAAAGUUUAGAAAAAAACACUGAAGCACCUUCUGACAUUGUUGAUUAUGAUCAUGAAAUAAAUUCAGAUGAAAUUACUCAUAAUGAUGAGUAUGAAUCUCAAUCGCAACCUGUAAAAUCUUAUAACUGUAAGCUAUGUAAGAGGAGUUUCAAAACAAAUGAAGAAUAUGCAAGACACAGAAGUUCCAGGGAACAUAAGAAUGUAAGGAUACAAUGUUCUAUUUGUAACCGUUUGCUAACAGCUCAGUUGUAUAAGAAACACUUAGUCAGGCAUCAAACUGCAUCACACUUGAUAUGUGAAGUUUGUGGCAAGUUGUAUAGAAAAGACAAUUUAAUUAGACAUCUACAGUUACACAGCUUUGACUUACCGUUCCAAUGCCAGGUGUGCCCAUACAGAGGCAGAUUUAUUGAGUCGCUCAGGAUACACAUGAGAACACACACUGGAGACAAACCAUUUUCUUGUGAUAAGUGCCAGCUUAGGUUCUUGACUCGCAGCAACCUCAAUAGACAUCUACUUACACAUAGGAAAGAAAGGCCAUUCAAAUGCUCUGAAUGUGGAAGGGGAUUUUACACUAAGUGCGAUAUGGAUGUACAUUUUAAAUCGGAUCAUGUAGGGAUCAAAGAUUUUGGGUGCAGAAUGUGUGGGAGCAAGUAUGGCACGAGAAAAGCUUUGAUGAGACAUGAAUUGAGGGUUCAUAAGAGGGAUAAGAUGGCUAAAGGAAGAGUGCCAUUAUAUUUACAGAGUGAAUACAGAAAACAAAGUGAGGAGCAAGUUUAA